CUCUCUCUCUCCUAAUUCCGUGUAAAGCACUCGCACCGCACCAAAUAAAUCUAAGCUCGCCUCCAUCCCCUCCCUCUCGACCUUGGGGAGAAGAAAAAGGAAGAAAGACGAACGAAUGGAAUCGACGCCGGUGAAUUGGGAAGCGCUGGACUCCCUCGUCCUAGAGUUCGCCAAGUCCGAGCACCUACUGGAGGACCCUUCUCCUUCAACUUCGCCAUCCUCUUCUCCUUCCUCCUCUUCCUCCUCUUCGUCUUCAUAUCGAUCGCGCCUUAUCAUCCGUCAGAUCCGGCGGUGCAUCGAGACGGGCGACGUAGAUGGAGCCAUCGACCAGUUGCGGCUUCACGUCCCGGCGGUCCUCGAUGACCACCGGAUUCUCUUCCGGUUGCAGAAGCAGAAAUUUAUCGAGCUUUUGAGGAGAGGGACGGAGAAAGAUCGAGAUUUGGCCAUUGAGUGCCUGCGGGUUGCUCUUGCUCCGUGCGCCCUGGAUGCUUACCCGGAAGCUUACGAGGAGUUCAAGCAUGUCCUCUUGGCCUUAAUAUUUGAAAAAGAAGAUCAAACCUCUCCUGUUGCAAAUGAGUGGUCUGAAAGGAGGAGAUUUGAUCUAGCUGGACUAUUAUCUUCAAUAUUAAGAGCUCAUUUACAUGCUUAUGAUCCCAUUUUUUCAAUGACUUUGAGAUACUUAAUAAGCAUUCACAAAGUAUUUUGCUUUCGUCAAGGCAUUUUAUCCCGUAUAUCAGAUCUCACUGAAAGGUUGCUGUUUGAGGAACGGGACCCACCUGCAACUCCUCAGGAGAGUUUGUAUGAAGCACCUCCUUUUGAUGAAGUUGAUAUUCAAGCUCUUGCACAUGCUGUGGAGCUAACAAGACAAGGAGCAGUUGAUAGCUUGAGAUUUGCCAAGGGCGAUUUAAAUCAAGCAUUUCAGAAUGAACUUUGCCGAAUGAAACUGGAUCUCUCAAUGCUUGAUAAGCUGGUUCAUGAGUAUUGUGUAUACAGGGGAAUUGUUGAUGGUGCUCCUAAUUCUUCACCAGAUUUUGCACAUAGUUCGUCCAGAAAUUGUUCUUCUCUUAGCAUAGAAUGUGGAAUUAGUAGACUCUCUGAUGGAGAAACUUCUGUGAACAAUGCUGACACUGGAGGUGCUCAAGAAACUUAUGCUGAUGCUGCGAGCAUGCAAGGAAUCGACGACACAAGAUUUGCAUAUGAAGUGACUAACAAUAAUGAAGAUUGCAGCACCAGUGAUGUCAACCAUCAAGAAACCUCUUCUAGAAGGUUACGGAGGAGUAGAAAUCAUGCAACUGGACAAAGGAGACGCAAGAGAUGGAGAGGACGGAUUGAGAAGCUAGAACUUGAUGCCUUCUUUCCUGAGUUUAAUAAACAAGAGUCCUUGUGUCCAGCCCUUCCUAGCAGUGAAGAUACACUUAGAGAAGAGCAGGACUCCAAAAUUCAUUCUUCCUUUGAGCGCUUCAACAAUAUCGGGGAUCACAAGUGUGAGAUUAUCCUAGAGAUGAGGGAAUUAGCAAAUAAAGGAAUGGCUGCAAAAGUUGUUGAGGAAAUAAAUGCCAUAGAUCCUGACUUUUUUACCGAAAAUCCUAUUCUACUAUUUCAACUGAAACAGAUUGAAUUUCUUACACUGGUCAAUGGUGGUGAUCAUGCUACAGCUCUUAAAGUUGCUUGCAGUCAUUUAGGUCCUCUGGCUGCAAGCAAUCAAGCUUUGCUGAAGCCUCUAAAGGAAACUUUGUUGGCUUUGCUUAGGCCUAGUGAAGAUGCACUUACGAAAGGGAUACCCUUGCCUGUCCUUGCAACUUCCCUCCAGGUUGCGAUGGGUAGGAGGCUUGGCAUUGAAGAACCACAGCUGAUGAAGAUAAUGAGAACAACACUUCAUACACAUACUGAAUGGUUUAAGCUUCAGAUGUGCAAAGACCGGUUUGAACAACUCCUCAAAAUAGAUCAGUUGAAAGAAGUUGAGGCUUCCAUGCAUAGUGAUACAAUGUCCAGGGCGUUUGGAGAUGACUGUAAUAAUGGGUCUUCUCAAGUUACCAUAUGUUCAAGCAGCAAGAUACCAGAAGACGGUAGCAGUCCUCAAGUAUCAUCUAGUGAAACUGUUUAUGAUGAAAAUGCAAUACUUAAAGUCAUGGAAUUCCUGGCGUUGCCGAGGGCUGAUGCCAUCCAUCUUCUCAUGCAGUACAAUGGGAAUGCGGAGACCGUUAUUCAACAAAUAUUUUCUUAGCCUGUUAUGUAAAACUGCAAUGCAGACUCUUCUACAUUGUUUAUUCAUAAAUACAUUUGUUUAUUCAUUUGUUUCAUAGCCUGAUAGCGUCCGCUACACUUACGAAGUCUGCUGGUGUGCCCAGAUGUCCAUCUGCUCUACCACCAACUUGUAUAAUCCUAUAGUUUGUAUGAAUGCUUCAAAGCUCUGUUUAUAGACUCCAUAAGAAUUUCUCAGACACAAUAAUUUGUAUAAGACUAAAUUCUUAAUAAUACAUGCUGGAAUCUAGACCAUAAGAGUUGCUUCCU